AUGAGUAAAGCAGGCGUACAAGGAAGCGAUUCUAAAAUCAACCAGAUGAUUAAUUUCAUCAAGAGCGAAGCCAAAGAGAAGGCCGACGAAAUUGAACUCCAAACAAAGGAGGACUUCGCCGUUGAAAAGAUGAACCUCGUUGAAGAAGGUAAAAAGAAAAUCAGAGAAGAAUAUGCCAAGAAGGAACAACAAGUAGUCAUUAAAAAGAAAAUUGAUCAUUCAAACGAGAUAAAGGCUGCUCGUUUGGAAAUUUUGAAACUUAAGGAGGAAAUUUUGAAGCAAAUGGUCCAAGCUGCUUUAGAGGAAAUCAAAAAGAGAAUUGUCAACAAGGACGAAUACAAAAAGAUUUUAAAGAAUUUGAUGUUGCAAGGAGCUCUUCGUUUCUUGGACUCUGAAGUUAAUGUAUAUUGCAAGGAACAAGACUACGAUUUGGUUGUCAGCCAAGUUGCCAGCGUUCAAUCCGAAUACACAACAACUACAAAGGGCUUGACAGUUAAGGUUAAUGUUCAAAAAUCAAACUUUUUAUCAAAGGACUGUGUUGGUGGUGUAGUUAUUAGCUCUAGUAAUGAUUCAAUCAAGAUUGACAAUACUUUGGAAAAGCGUGUUUAUUUGUGCCAAGAGCAACAGCUUCCAACUCUUCGUCAAAUGCUUUAUGGAGACAAACAAUCAGAAGGCAGGCUUGAGUAA